GACAUCCCAUAUUGCACUAUUCCUCAAAACCGCUUUCUCUCUCUCCCCUCUCCCACCCGCCGGCGACCCGGCUCUUCCGAGUUUACUGCAACUCUGUCCCACCGGAUCUGAACGAGACGCUGCAAUUCCUGUGACCACCACGACGCUGCCGCCAGACUCCACAACGCGCUGAGGAGGAGGUAGGCUCCGGUCCCCAUCGCCGCCGCCGGUAUGGCUUUAGGGGAUUAUUCCGAUGUUUAUGCUCGUAAAAGGGGCGAUCCAUCCGGCCAUGAACUGAGUUCUUUGUUGGAUUUGUAUGACUCUGGGAGAGUGUUAUUGCCUUCGGAGGAGGGUUAUUGCCGUCCGAGUCCGUCUCGAUCCCAGAAAUUGAGUGCCUUUUCCCCGAAAAAAACAUUAUUUAAGGGGAUUUCCCUGCUCCCGUGGUUCAAGCUUGGUUCGACUUUACACCACGCGAAGACGACCGCCUAGUCGCUCUUCAUCCAGCAAUUCUGAUUUCGCUACCAACCAGCUCACAGGCUGCUUGUAUGUUUGAACUGCACUGCGCAGAACAAUAAAAAAAUUCAAUCAUGGAUAAUUCAUCUGCUUCUCCCAUGGACAUUUACAGGGAGACCAUGGGGAUGAGUUUGGUUGAUAGGUUUACAGUCCUGACAAGCAUUGGGGAUGAAUGCAUCCAGGAGGAUGAGCUUUGGUUCCUUCUGAAGAGGAAGGCCACCCCUGUUUGUUAUGUUUGGUUUGAGCCAUCUACCCCGAUGAACAUAACUGAGGGAAUCUUGAAGGCAAUCUAUGUCAAUAAAAUGGUCAAAGCUGGUUUCACAGUUAAAGUUAUGAUAGCAGAUUUAUUUGCCCUAAUCUAUAAGUAUGGAUACAAUCUUGAUCAAGUACGGACCGUUGGUUCCUACAAUAUUGAGAUGUGGAAAGCAGCUGGCAUGGACCUUGAGAGAGUGGAGCUUGUGUGGUUUUCAGAUGAACUGAAUCAUCAUCCAGCUAAUUACUGGCCACUUGCAUUCGAUGUCUCCAGGAAAAGCACUGUGGAUCAAAUUGCAAGGUGUUGUAGUAUUAUGGAAUCAUUUCUACCAGAUUUAUUGCCUGGCGCCGAGUUACUUUACCCUUGCUUACAGAUUGCUGCCAUAUUAAGUCAGAAGGCAGACAUGUGGCUCUUCAGUACUGAUCAGCGAGAUGCUAGCAUGAUAGCUAGAAGCUACGCUGAGAACAUAAAAGGGCAGAAUAAACCAAUUAUUCUUUUGCACAACAUGCUCCCUAGUUUACUAGAAAAACCUGAGCUUCAGCGAAGGGGAGAUCCAGCACGCACUGUAUUUAUGGAAGAUGGUGCGGAUAUUUUAAGUUUUAAAAUGGAGAAAGCUUUCUGCCCUCCGAAACUAGCAUUAGGCAACCCAUGUUUGGAGUAUAUCAAAUAUGUAAUCUUCCCUUUGUUUGGAAAGUUUGAGGUGGUUCAAGAGGAAAUGGACGGUGGUACCAAGACAUUUUCAAGUAUGGAAGAGCUCGUUGUUGACUAUGAAAGUGGUGUGGUUGAUUCUGCUAAUGUUAAGCUAGCCUUUGAAAAGUCAUUAAACAAGAUAUUACAGCCUGUCCAUGACUACUUCUGGGACAACAAGGGAGCCAUGGCUCUAUUUUGCUCUCUCAAGCCCUUUCUUUUGUUUCAGGAAUACCAGCGGGCCAGACGAGAAUGAAGAGAACCAUGCCUGGACAGAUCCAAGACAAAUCUGGAUCGUUUCUUUCUAUUGUUGUUGUAUCUUCCACAGAGUGUUUAAUUUGCACUAUAUUUGAACCGUUGCACCACAGUUGACCUCAACAAAAAGUGACCAACGUUGUGUGGCAGUGACUAUUUAUCUGUUGCAUAAUUUUCUUUUCCCCAAAAAUCAGCCACUUUUCAAUGGCAUAGAUUCCUUU